AUGAGUUGGAUGUUGUGGUAUACUAUAGCUGGCCUAGCAUCUCUAGGCCAUGCUUCUCUUGAGAAACGCGCCACCGAUGCAUCUGCGUACUGCUCCGAUUCAUCGGGUACCUACAAGCUCUCGUCGAUCACGGCCCCAGUUCAGGGAAGUGGCAGCCCGGGCUCAGCAUCCACCUGGAAGCUAAGUAUUGACGAUACAUCAUCCGGUCACAAGCAGGCAAUCACUGGCUUCGGGGCUGCUGUGACCGAUGCGACCGUCACGUCUUUUAACACCUUGUCGAGCUCUACCCUCCAACAGCUCCUCAAUGAGUUGAUGACUUCCGAUGGAGCUAAUUUCUCUCUCAUGCGCCAUACCAUCGGCGCGUCUGAUCUGUCCGGUGAUCCGGUCUACACCUAUGAUGACAACGGAAACGAAGCAGACCCCUCACUUUCCGGCUUCGGUCUCGGCGACCGUGGCACUGCUAUGGCGGAAAUGUUGGCCACGAUGAAAUCGUUGCAGUCAGACCUGAAGGUGCUUGGGUCCCCGUGGAGUGCGCCCGGAUGGAUGAAAUUGAAUGGCGUGAUUGAUGGCAACGCGACUGAUAACAACCUUAACGAUGGCUACCUUACCAGUGGUGGCACGGGAAGCACCGGCUACUCCAGUGCUUUCGCGCAGUACUUCGUGAAAUACAUCCAAGCGUACGAAGCAUUAGGAGCUACGGUCGAUGCCAUUACGAUUCAGAAUGAGCCGUUAAAUAGUCAAUCUGGAUAUCCCACCAUGUAUGUUUACGACUAUGAGUCUGCGCAGCUGAUCCAAAAAUACAUUGGACCGGCUCUUGCCGACGCUGGACUGAGCACGGAAAUCUGGGCCUUCGAUCACAAUACUGGCAACCCUCAGACUGUGCUUGAUGAAGCAAGUCAAUACGUCGACACGGUAGCCUGGCACUGUUAUGCAAAGGAUGUUGACUGGACUGUUCUCAGCCAGUUCUACAGCGCCAACCCUGGGGUCAAGCAAUAUAUGACCGAAUGCUGGACACCAGCUUCCGGAUCAUGGCACCAGGCUGCUGAUUUUACCAUGGGCCCUCUGCAGAACUAUGCGUCGGGGGUCAUGGCGUGGACUCUGGGCACGAACACUGACGACGGUCCGCAUUUGACCAGUGGUGGAUGCGACGCCUGUCAGGGCUUGGUCACCAUCAACGAUGAUGACAGCUAUACUCUUAAUACUGCCUACUACAUGAUGGCACAGUUUAGCAAGUUCAUGCCUCCUGGCGCGACCGUGUUGAACGGAACGGGGAGCUAUACCUACUCGGGUGGCGAUGGCGUACAGUCGGUGGCGUCCCUGAACCCUGAUGGAACGCGCACAGUCAUUAUUGAGAAUAUAUUCAGUAACGAUAUUUACUUGACUCUGUCGACGGAGAGCGGAGAGGAGUGGAGUGGAAAUAUCCCCAGUGAAUCGGUGACUACUUGGGUCCUUCCGGCCUUGUCUUGA